UUAGAAAGUAGUAUUUGUAUCACCAGAUAUUACGAAAAAUGAAGGAUGACAUGGUAGAUAGGUGUGGUGGUCUUCCAUUAGCUGCAAAGACCUUAGCUGAGAUAAUUUCAACCGAGUUUUUGAAAGAUCCGACUGCAAUUAAGAUGUUUCGCUUGGUAUUCAAUAAACCUGUUGCACCCACCUCAAAGCUCCUGAAGAAACUUAGGACCUAUUCAGGAGUUUAUUAUGCUGAAUUUGUCUCUGAUCACAACAAUGAAGUAGAAGCAGGAGGAAGUUGUGAUCCUGAAAUAGUAGUGGAAGACUUGAAGAAACUUUUCCAAGCAGAGAUCACUCUAAAGAUAGAUAAGAAUAAUACAAACAAGAAUCGAAGAAGAAAGAAAGCCUACAGAAAAAGAAUUUGGUGAAGAGCAACCCAUGGAUUUAAGAAGAAGAAGACAACUAAAUCAUCUCCCUAGAUUUUUUGAAGUGAAUCCAAGUGCACAGGUAUUAGUUCCUCUCUGUUAUCUGUUUUUCAAGUUUGAAAUGUGAAAAAAUGAUGGUUUGUUCUUCUUGAUCCACGAUCUCAAGUGUCAAUUGCAAAGCCAUGUAUGCUAAGCAGGGGUGUAGACGGUUUGCUUUGAUUGGCGUUGAGAGAAAAUUUUGCGCCGAAUUGAAUCCUUCAUUUUGUUAGUUGAGGAACCAAAACCGAUCGCAUACUAUUGUUUAGUUUUAUCAGUUUAGUGUAAAUGAUGGAUUUAAUAGGUGAAUUUAAAAGUGUUACAAAAUUCUAUAAAAUGUCAGUGACUGUAUAAUUUUAAUUGGGAUUGAUACACUUUCUGGUUAUGGGACUCAUAGUUGUGGACCAAUCA